GGUGAUCCGAAUGCAGCCGUUGACCACACAUCGGUCCCGCCCCACCGUUUGAUCCUGGCGGUUCGGUUCUUUGAGAGUACUAUUUUGGGUCCUCGAUUGCCGUUUAUGGAUAUGGGGCUCCACAUGCGCAUAUCGGGAAAAUGAAAUUGUUUGAAGCUGCUUCUCAACUCUCAAGGCAGGCGUUGGAUGUUUGUGCCGUACUCUGAUCCGAACCCCAAGACUAACGUCUCUUCCGAUUUGGUUCAGGGGAAGUGGCGGGAGCUUCGCCAUGAAGGUUUUCUAGUAUUAGAUGUGAAUCGCUGAGCUUUCUUUGGAGUUGGGAAUUUUUCAUCAUGGAUUGUAAUGGAGAGAUUAAUUUGAACAAGGACUGUGGUGUUGUUGGUAAUAGCAAAGGAGGUGAUGGGUUCAUUGACAGGAGCAAAGUCAGGAUUCUGCUCUGCGAGAGUGAUGCUAAGAGUGCAGAGGAGGUCUGCAAGCUCCUUUUGAAGUGCUGUUAUCAGGUAACUUCAGUGAGAUCAGCUAGACAAGUGAUUGAUGCACUGAAUGCUGAGGGAUCUGAUAUUGAUAUCAUACUCGCUGAAGUUGACCUUCCAAUGGCCAAAGGCUUUAAAAUGUUGAAGUAUAUUGCAAGGGAUAAAGGCUGGCGAAGAAUUCCUGUAAUAAUGAUGUCAUCGCAGGAUGAGGUUUCAAUUGUUGUCAAGUGCUUGAGGCUUGGUGCUGCUGAUUAUCUUGUUAAACCUCUACGCACCAAUGAGCUGUUGAACCUGUGGACACACAUGUGGAGACGAAGGCACAUGCUUGGAUUAGCAGAGAAGAAUAUCUUGAAAUAUGACAUUGAAAUAGUGGCAUCAGAUCCCAGUGAUGCUAAUACGAACAGCACCACACUUUUCUCGGAUGAUACCGAUGAUAAGUCUCGUAGAGGUACUAAUCCAGAGAUGGCGAUGUCAACUCAUCAGGAAGAUGAGAUUGCUGCUGCUGCUGCUACUGCAGCUGUAGAGCUUCUACACUCUAGUUUGGUGGAGAAUCAGUUGGAUGCACCAGUUGUUGGUGUCUGUCGAAAAGAACAACUACCAUCUGUUCGAAAGAAGAGUGAAUUAAAAACUGGUGAAUCUUCAGCCUUCUUUACCUAUGUUAAAUCAAGCAUACUUGGGACUAGUUCCCAAAACGUUGCCCAGAAUGAUGAAAACACUGCUCAGCAAUCAGGGAAAGAAGAAAAAUUACAGAGAGGUGGUCAGCAAGUAGUUAGGGAAGCCCAAAUGCAUGAAAAUGGAGAGGUAUGGGAAACAUAUUCUCAAGAAGAUGACUUCCGUAGCGGUGCCAGCAUCCCAGAUUCUUUUUCUAUGGAGAGAUCAUGCACUCCAACGAUGUCAAGAGAAUUUUGGCAAGGGAAUUGCAAUGAAGAAACUUUUCCUCAGCGUCUUGCACAUUUAAGAAAUGAACAUCAACAUGAUAAUUCAGGCUUAUCUGGACAGACAGCUUAUCCCUAUUAUAUGUCAGGGUUUGUAAAUCAAGUUAUGAUGCCGCCAUCAGCACAAUUGUAUCAAAAGAAUGCACAUGACCAACAGAAUCAUGCGACUGCCUCAAUGGUACCUCAUUACAGUCAUCUUCCACAAUGUCCUCCUGUUUCAGGCAUGGCGUCAUUUCCUUAUUACCCAAUUAGUAUAUGCCUACAACCGAGUCAGAUGCCCGUUACUCAUUCGUUUGGGAACUCAACUUCUGCUGAGGUUAAACUAAAUAAAGUUGACAGAAGAGAGGCAGCACUGAUGAAGUUUAGGCAGAAAAGAAAGGAGCGGUGUUUUGACAAGAAGAUAAGGUAUGUGAAUCGAAAGCGACUUGCUGAAAGAAGGCCUCGUGUACGUGGACAGUUUGUGGGUAAGGUAAAUGGUGUGAAUGUGGAUCUUAAUGGGGGGCCUGCUUCUGCUGAUUAUGUCGAGGAUGAUGAAGUUGAAGACAAUGCAUCAGGAUCUUAGCGUGUUUUAAGUUGCUGGUUCCUGAGGAAGGUUCUUUUGUCCCUGUUUGUGCCCUGAUAGUUGUUCCCUAUUUGGAUGAAUGAUAACUUUUUAUCCACGGAUCCAUCAAAGUGUGUGAGAUCAAGUGUAGAGACAUCUGGCACUUCAAAUGAGGGCACUUCCCCCCAGUUUGAUGCCGGCAUACCUGCUUGUUAUGUGAGAAGCGAUGGCUUCAAGAUGCGUCUCUCGCAGAGCUUUAUCGGUAAGAAUACCCCCUGUGGAUGAUGCAGCAGUGAAUAUCCUUAUGCCAAGAGAUGGGUGCUUGGAACCCCAAUGUUCUUCCAUCCUUGAAUCGAAGGGAUGAUUAUGUUUAAUCCAAAAUAUUGUAGUAAAAUGGACACCAGACAAGAGUUGUAAUUCUAGCUUACAUGACCAUGCCUUUUUUUAAUAGCUAGAAUUCUUACUUUGAAAGUU